GGUGUCACUCGGCAGAGCAUCGCGUUUUUUGCCACUCGUAUUCUGCUGUACAUUGCAGAUGUCACUCUUUUUGACUUUAUAGCGCAUUCAUACGUGGCCAUGGACCAGCUAUACGAGGCAAUGCCCAUCCCGUCGUUCAGCGACGAGGAGCUCGAACAGCACGACAGCCACGACGUUGUCUCGGGCCUUGAUAUAAGUGCACAUGGCAGCUUUUCGGAAGGCUCGCUCAGCUCCUCGUUUUCAGACUGCUCUGGGCGCCGCAGUGACGGCGAAGGGGAAGCAAGAACGAGUAAAAAGAGCAGCGCGGCGCAGCACAACUCGCAUCAUCGCGUCUUCACCACUUCCAGCUCCCCGGAGGAGCUUUACCUCUUUCUCGCUGAUCUGUUACAGUUGGCGGAACAGCUGCAGGUACGCCUGUGCACGGUGAUCCCCGCUGGGCCUUCUCCGUCACGCCCUCGCUCAGCGACAUCGCCACCGCCAGCGGAGUGGCAAGCGAGCAACAGAGGUAACAGCGCCUUUUACGCAGGAGAAAAGACGAAAAGCGCAGGCCAGGACAGCACCGCACAAACGACAUCGCCUUCAGCGAGUGAGGGCAGACGCGAUCACGCUUUUGUCAGAGCUGCGCCGUGCCACGGAGCUGCGAAGCUGCGCAGUCGUCUGCGCAAAGAGACGGAGAACCUGCGGCGCGCGGUCGAUGGCCUUCGCGCGGCUGGAUGCACAGGGAACAGAGGGAGCUCGACUGGUGAGCCGAUCGUCUCGCCUGCGGCCUUCAGCGCCGCCGCCGCGUGUGCGCAGUGCAACUCUAUUGCCCACUUUGAAGGGGUCGUGACGUGUGUGGAGCGCGAGCACGGCGUGACGGGCGUCUACGUUCCGAUGAGCGCCUGCGUGGGGUGCCCUCAGCGCCGCGCAUCAACAUCCGUGUUGUCCGUCCCAAUCUCUUCUCCCGCUGGCGCUGCUGCUGUUGCUCACGAUACGCGUGGCACCGUCACGCCUGUUUUUGCCGACGAUGUGUCGAUCGAAGUGGACGUCGUGUCGUGCAGCGAACAUCGCUGGAUCAAGGUGAAGACGGCGACGGCGCGCAACCUUGAAUUGGAGGCGGCCGCGUUAGAGGCGAACGGAAGCAUACCAUUUACCGACAUGCUACUGGCUCUUUGCGAGCGGGCUGGGCGGGCGUGUCUCCCGCACCGGCGUGUGGCACACGUCGCCGUGGUGCUCCUGCACCCGCCUCCUGUGCCUCUCAAGGCCUUUUUUGAAGCCCACCGAAUCGCGUGGGCUGUUCUGACGUCGAAACCAGCGCGAGCCCCGCGCCUUCACGCGCACCAUUCACCCGUUACUGCGUGGCUGCCCCCGUCGUCGUUCGCGCCGAGGUUCGUCUGCCUGGACACCACGGCGCUCGUCACCCUGUGCUCGCAGAGCUGCUUUGUCGAUGCCAUGCCGCUGGCUGUGCGGCUGCAGCGACUCUCUCCUUUCUCCGUGCUGCAGGAGCAGCAGCGCAAAGAGGCGGCCGGGUGUGCGGCGGUGACCGCCGUCAUGGAACCAGCGCUGCGCACGUACACGCGGUGGUGCACCCCGCAUGCGCUGAACGAGGACAUGCGUGGUGCGUUGCUGCGCGAGGACGAGGUGCAACGCAGCGUUCCGCCCGGUGCAGACGACUCCAACCUCGAGUCAAGGACGAGGGAGGCCCGUGUGCCCCCCUCGCUGCUGCACACCGUGGACUUAUCGUGGCUGCCACCCCUUCGAGAAGCGGCAGACGCAGACCACCAUGAACCAUCGAACACCUUGCUGGACGAGUCCACGUUGCUGAUCGAGCUCAGCGAGCAGCAGGCACGUGAAAAGGAACGGCGGCCGAACUGGCUCAUUGCCGAUAUCACCUAUGAAGAAUUUCGGUGGAUUUUGGAGACGAUCGCGGGACCGGCCGAGAUCGCCCGCGCCACUCGACUGCUGACGCUUGUCACGGUGGUGAGCACCGGCUUCUUGCGUGCAUGCAUGCUGACAGAGCAGGAAGGUGCUGGGCUCUCCGCUGCCGAGAAGACCGGAGACGUGGUUCACCCGCCAAAGAAGGAGGCGCGGGAGCCUCAAAAGAAGAACCGCGAUUGUGCUGGCGGUGCGGCUGCAGCAGAAGUCGCUGCGCAAGCGUUAUUCAGCCCCUCUGCUUCUUCUUCUCCGCCUCCUCUUUUCAGCAAUGUGGAGUAUCUGCGGCUCAGCGGCAAGGUGUCGCUGCGCAACAAGAUCGUAUUUGGCUUUGCGGAUGCCGUGGAGGCGAUUAUCUUGACCUCCAAUGAGCAGCUGUGUCACGCCGCACGGGCACAGGGCGUCUGCAUCGAGGCGUGCUUCCACCCGUCUCGGUCGCUGACGGAGCAGAAGGUGUAUCGGCUGCGGCGCCGACCCGGACCUGGCAAGCCGCCCGCCAUCAUCUGA